AUGGAUUCUUUUGUCGAGUUGGACGUCAAGACGGUUGGCGAUGUGGCCGAUUCCGUCGUGGUGAGCUCGUGCGUGAAUGGCGUCGAGCUGCCGGAGAACGUGUCCUUCGACCUGUACAAACACAAGGACGCCUACCUGGUCCACGGGGAGUCUGAGAAUCUGGAGUAUAAGGGAGAAAGCAUCGGGGACGACCAGACAUAUUACGUGGGAGUAUUCGAUCCGCAAAAAAAAACGGUCGAGCUCCUGAGAGCACCAUUGCUGUCGACGCGCGUCACGUCAAAGAGAAAGCUGUCGAUUCCAAACAUCAGACAGCUGGAUGUCCAGCGAAACGUGCAAAGAAACGCUUUGGGCGAGGCCUUUGGUACGAAGAAGGCCAAGAAGGCCAUUCUGGACCUUGAGAAAAACAAGAUCGAUGCGUCGAAACUCGAGACCGAGCAAUCAGACAUCAUCGACUCGAUCAAGGUCAACACGUCGAUGCUUCCGUCCAAGAGCGAGAUGCUGGACGAUCUCAACGAGCACAGAGUCACUCCGCAAUUCGACGUCGACGCAACCUCGGUAGACGACAUUUAUCCGCUCGAAAACAUCAUCUCCAAGAGAGAACUUGCCAGCAUCAGAGUCGACAGUCUGCAGAACGACAGCAUCCAGGCCAAGGACAAGCUGGAUCUGCUACCAUACUCCAACUCGCGCUACCUGCUAAGAAAGCUUUCCUCCAUCACCAAAGACACUCCCGACCGCAAACUCAAGCUGCAGAUGCUGUAUUAUGUCUCGCUUUUGAUGGGACUGUACGCCAACCGUCGCGUCCAUGCCAAGGACCAGCUGAUCGAGUCGCUCAACCAGCCGCCCGUGGUGCUUGUGGACUAUGUGUUGAAAAACUUUAGCAUUCUGAAAAAAAAUAAUAGGAACUAUUUGAUCGAUCCCAAGUGCGAGGACAAGAUUCUGUGCUAUUUGUUGGCGCUGAUUCUCAAGCUGGAUGAGUACCAGGUGGAGGUUUCACCUCUCGCACAGGAAUUGUCGCUCAAGCCGUCGAGACUGACAUCGCUGUUCCGUUCGCUCGGAUGCGUCAUCAAGAACGCGACGGCUGCGCAAUGCGAGGCCUUUGGCGUGCCAAAGACGGCAUCCAACAACUACAAAAUUGCCACGCUCAGAGUGCCGUUCAAGGCGCCGGAGCUAGCAAGACGUGGGGGAGCUAGAAGAUAG